AUGGAAUCUCGUCGUCGUUCGAGUGUCCGCAGGCCCAGUAUCGCCGCGGACCGCUUGGGUCCCAUGGUCAGUGGGAACCCGGCCCAUCGAAUCGGCAUCACAGCCCCAGUACAGCGCCUUCCGUAAACUGAUGUGGACCCUCCUCGGCACGUCCUCCUCCCUCAGACGAUGAGCAAGCCGCCCAAGGCCGGUGGCAACUUCAACCUCGUCUUCGUCGGAGCUGGUGUGAGUGCCUCUCCCCAUCCGGAGCGUUCAUUGGCUCCGUUGCGCACCUUGGGGAACACGUUACCGGUUGACCCCUGGCCGAAGGGGCAUAUGCCUCCUACGGAACAAUGCUGACCCAAAAGUCUUUUCCAACCUCUCAACAGAACAUCAACUUUGUACGCAUCCGCUUCAGUGGGCACGGCCCCGCUUCAUGCCACGACACCGCCGCCGCGAAGGAGGUCGAUUCGUCUAUGACGUAAUCAAUCACCUUUGGCGUCUGGCCAGCGAUAACUGCCCAACGGUUGCCCCGGGGCCACGUCUGGGAGUCCGCGAUAUGAAGUGAAUGUGCUGAUACUUCUAUGCUUUUAUCCGGACCGUCCUCCUCUGCAGGGAAGUGACGAAGGUGCGCGCUACAGGCAGCCCCUAUUGACGAUCAGUUCCAGACUGAUCGCUGCGAACGACCUUCACAGGACCUUGGGACCACUCGUUCCGACUUGAGCACAAGGUUAGUUCAGACCGCGAAUGAAGAAGAACUGACAGUUCGUUGCUGAUAUGCCGCGCACUCCUUCAGCUCGGGCCCCGCCUCAAAGUCGUAGCCAUCAUCGACCCCAACGCCGCGACCGCCGAAGCCGUUCUCGACCGUAAGCGUUCUUCGUUCGUUGUCUCGGCCUAUCAAGACACGCGCAUCUGCAAGGAUCUCGAUGAAUUCGUCUCGACCAUGUCCGAGGACGAGCGACCCCACGCCUUUAUCGUCGGUUCGCCGCCCGCUUUCCGUGGAAGUUUGCAGCCCGGAAAGGAUAUCGAGGUUCAGAUCUUGAAGGCAUUCCCCAACAAGACACCUGCUGUGAGCUUACGUUCCACCGAUGAAGCUAGUAGUACAUAGGAUUCUGACAGCGGGCGUAUGUGCUCAGCUUUUCAUCGAGAAGCCCAUCUCAACCGGCAGCGUCGAGGAUGCCGUGGAGGUGAGCCGCAUGCUCGUCGACAGCAAGACCGUCGUCUCCGUCGGCUACUUUCUCCGGUACCUCAAAGGUGAGAAUGGCUCCAACAGGCAGAGUGACCACGAGAUUGACCAGACUCUUGCGUACCACGACUCCAACUCACAGUCGUCCAAAAGAUGCGCUCCAUCAUCGAGGACAACGACCUCCACGUCAUGGCGACCGUCGCGCGCUACAUCUCCUCGUACGCCAAGAUCGCCAAACCGGCUUGGUGGAUGAAGUCGCGUGAUUGCGGCCCCAUCGUCGAACAGGCGACGCACUUUAUCGAUCUGUCGCGCUACUUUGGUGGUGAUGUCGAGAUGGACUCGGUUCAGGCUCAUGCCCUUGGUCAGUCGAGGAGCGGGACAUGAGAGCAAUCAGGAAUGGAUAUAGACCAGAACUCAUUUUAUUCUUUGCAUCAGAAUGGUACGAGGAAGCUGGAGAACUUUCCGUCAUUCCUGUCGACGAAGGCAAGAUCGCCGAGGAUGACCGUAUUCCUCGUGUCACGAGUGCGACUUGGUAAGUUGCCAAGCCAUGAAACUGAUAUUCGCACGACGUUUCACUGACUUGCAGUCGAUUACUUUUCGCAGGAAAUACAAGACGGGAGCUGUAGGAUCGCUCACCCACGCCUUGGUUCUCCAGGGUACUAAGUACUCGACUGAGCUCGAGAUUUGUACGUUCAAGGUUACUCAGUUCUUAACGAGGACAACAUAGCUGAUUUCGAUGUCUUCUCGAAACUUUGGUACUAGACGCCGAUGGAUGUAAGACUUCGGUGAUCGGCGUGUCCGAACGGUGGAUGGUGAUUGACGAUGCCCUCUUCUCUCCCACCUCAGACCAAUUGCGCCUCAUCGAUCCCUACAACGCCCCUCAGCUUCGCGUCCGGUGAGCAUUCACCCAAGAAAGUAUGGCACCUUUCUGAAACUGACCUGUGAUCCCGCACUGCCUUCAGACACCCCGGUGUUGACGACGAGGAGGUGCACACCUUCUCUGGUGACGACCCUUACUUUGGCCAGGUGCGUUCUGGCCUGGAAACUCAAGACAGAGAGCAACAAGGCUGACAGGCGCUUUCUGAAUCUCUGGAUCACAGAUGCAAGCCUUCAUCGAUGCCGCUGAGGACGACCAAGGGCCUGUCCCUGCCAGCGCGAUCGUCGAUGAUGACGAGUCGAUCGAGGUCCUUUCGAGCUUUGACGAUGCCGUCAAGUCGUAUGCUCUGUAAGUACCGCCAAUCAGGGUGUCAAGUUCAGCUUACGAGAGGAUUGACACCCCCUCUUGAUUGUCACCAGCUCCUGGGCUAUCCGAGAAGCCUCCGAACGAUCCAAGAAGACGAUCAAGAAGAGCGCAAAGCAAGCCGAGACCAAGGCGAGGCGAUAG